GCCGUGCCUGCUGUGGAGCCUGGACAUGUUCUUUCGUCCGGGUACAUGUCCGUCCGUAAGCAAGACACACUCGCUGCAUCGGGCCGGCGAUGGGCGGCAUGUCUCCAGUCUCAAAUUGAUCGGUGAUAGGAUCACACCACGGUGAUCCGCCGCAAUGCCUAGCUAGCCUAACCAACCAACAACUCCAUCUCAACGACUCCAUCUCAGCCCGUGCUCGGCGGAAGCGCGCAAUCACUCAUCCAGGGCUAUUUUCGAACGGUCUUAAUCGGGCAGGGCAGAGAUGUUCCAGGAGGAUCAGCGUCACAACGAUCAUUUGAUCGAACUGCAUCAUCACUUCUGCGCGAGAUCGCUGCUGCAGACAGACAGGCUUCUGCUUCUUCUCGAGCGUUCGCCUCUGCCGCCUGUAACCAGAGCAUCCCCCGUCAACACACUCGUGCGCGCGUUCCGCGGGCUCUCUGUCGUGCGCGCAUAUGAUGUGCUUCCGCAGCCCACGCUUGAGGAUACGUACUGGCUCCGGCGCGAGCAGCCCCAUGCGUUCCUGUCCGCUGCCGCCUCACGGCUCACAUGCGAUUGGCAUCACAGAUGGUCGUCUCCUAGCCUCAAACUAGCGCGCCCCGACGACCGCUCGUUUCAGGAUCUGGCUUCCCGAUGAUGGCGAUCCGCCGGACAGCCAGCCAGCCAGCCAGUUCAGCCCGAAUACGGCCGCGCGAGCCCACGCAGUGUCGCCUCACCUGGCAAAUUCGCCCCUGUGAGUCAGGUGACUUUCUUGAUUGGGUAUUCGUCAGUCCGUCAAUUGAGAGCUGAGAUUCGUCAAUUGAGAGCUGAGAUUCGUCAAUUGAGAGCUGAGAUCGGCAGUACGGACACCGACGGGGUCAGGGCACCGCAGGGCUCAGCUGUAUUAAUUCCGAAUCCUAGCCCAGACCCACCUCAGCCGUGAGGAGUUCGAUACUCACUUCUCCCGGGUCUAGGCUUGGAUCACGCCACCGCGUGGAUUGAGCCUAGAGGUCCCAACAACAGCAGAAAGUGAGACAGAUCACUCGCAUCAGCUAUUAACAAUAGGUUAUCGCGUAGUUGAUAACCGGGAUCUCGAACCGUCUCGAUCUGCAGGAGCCAGCCAAAC